AUGAUCAUUUCUCCAGCGCCUAAGCAGAAAGCCCAGAAGAUGUCCAUCAGCACCUUCUUAGCUGAUGAGAACUUUGGCUCUUGGGCCGACGAGAUGGAUGACAUGCCUUUGCCUGCCCCUCCUCAGCCCAGGUUCGACAGCGAUCGCCGUGCUGGUGGCCUCUCGUCUGCUGGAUUCGGCAGUGGCUUCGGUGGUACACUCCCCUCCCCCUUUAUGCCCCCGUAUACUGCCCACGUCGGAAACUUGUCCUUUGAUGCGACUUCGGCUGAUAUCUCUGACCUCUUUGUCGACUGUGCUGUGACGAACGUUCGUGUUGUGGAGGAUAAGUUAACGAAAGCCCCUAAGGGCUUCGGAUACGUCGAAUUCGAGACGGUAGACGGCUUGAAGAAGGCUCUCGACCUCUCCGGCGCCACCCUGCAGGGAAGGGCCAUCCGGGUCAGCAUCGCAGAGCCUCCUAAGGAACGGGAUGUCAAGGAAUUCGACUGGACCCGCAAGGGCCCUCUUCCUGCCCCCGAGGCUCCGCGCCGUGUCCCUGACCGCUCCUCCUUCGGACGUAACCUUGACAAUUUCUCCGAUGCCGGUAGCGAACGUACAGGUGGACGUCGCAACUUUGAAUCCGACGGCAAGUUCCGCGAUUUCGGUAACUGGGAGCGAAAGGGUCCUCUCUCUCCGACCGGGCCAGUGAGGGAAGGUGGCCGUCCUCGCACCAACGAGGGAUCCAGUUUCAGAAAGAGCUCGCCUGGCUGGGGUGAGGGACGUUCCCAGGAUGGCUCAAGGCCUCCACGACGUGAAUUCCAAGAACGGGCACCUACUGCAGCUGAAAUGGAUAACGCCUGGAGAUCAAAGAUGCGUCCUGAUCAACCUAAGGAGUCUAGUAACCCUCCUUCCCCCGCUGCCGCUCCUGCAUCCCCUGUCGCCCCUACGAGGCCAAGACUGAACCUUCAAAAACGAACUGUGACCGAGGCCGUGUCUACCCCGGCUGCAGGCACUGGAACUGGGGCCAGCCCAUUCGGUGGCGCCCGCCCGAUUGAUACCGCUGCGAGAGAGAAGGAGGUUGAGGAACGGCGCCAACUAGCAUUGAGGCAAAAGAAGGAAGCCGAUGAGAAGGCCAAGACUGAGAAGGGCGACAAGCAGCGACCUGCCAAGGACCAGGCUAAGGGUGACAAGACCGGCACAUCUGCGGAUCCUAACGGCAGAGAUACCGCUGAUACCCCUCAGGGUGCGAAGAACUUCGAGAUCCUCCGGCGGGCCGGCGAGGACGAGAGUGGCAUGGCCGCUGAUCAGGAUCAAUCAGAGGAGGCCAAGCCUGCUGCGAAGGCCGAAGCCUCAAAUGAUGCCGCCGCUAGCAAGGAAAACGGUAGCUGGAGGCGGGCUCCUGCUCAGCCAGCUGAUGCUGCUGACGAGGAGGGCUGGAGCACCGUGAGCUCGAGGCAACGUAACAACCGCCGUGGAGCCGGCCGUACGUUCGCAUAG